CGCAGCUUCGCAAGUUGCCGCUUCUGCUGAGAAUGUAGAACAUAUUGGUCGUUAUCCACCCUUUCUUGUUAGAUUGUGUUUCGUUGUAGAACACCAUGCUCUCGUUCCUGAGUGCGACACUGACAUUGGCGAUGCUGUCUAUUUGCAUCGGAGCCCCAAGCAUAUACGAUGACCGAUCUCCAUUGAGUCUCGAAGAUGUAUGCAGCCUGCCACAUUCAACGGACGAGAAGUGUGAUCGCAUCCUUUCUAUGUACUACUAUGACAGUACUCUUGGCCGCUGUGUUGGAUUUCUCACUGGAGGCUGUAGUGGCACUGCAAAUAGAUUCAAGACUCUUGAAGAGUGCGAUAAACGGUGUCCGCCGAGAGCGGACAUAAACAUCUGUGAGCUGCCGCGCACUUCAGGCACGGAAACCUGUUGGCACUACAUGCCCAGGUACUAUUAUAACAGCGAAGUGGGGAAGUGUGAGCAGUUCGUCCAUCAUGGCUGCAUGGCUACGCAGAACAACUUCAGGUCCCUUCAGGAAUGCGAGAUGCGCUGUACGAAAGAGCAGCGUGGUUAAUCGAAGUCUCCUGCUCUCGUCGCUGUAAUGGAUUCGGUGACCGUCCAACUAGGACCUGCGAAUACCAUACCGUGAGAGAAGAUGAUGUAUCUACCAACACACACACACACACACACACAAAAAAAAAAAAGACAGGGCUUAAACAGCGUACCUCAACAGACAGCAGAAAUAAAUAGUUUUGUGGGAUUUGGGUAUACUCACCGCUUCACGUAGUGUAUCUUUUUUCGAGAAAAUAAAAAGCCAUAAUGUCAAGAAAAGCAUUGGAUUCGAUA